CUCUAUCCGCCGCACGGCAUAUCGCUACGGGGCGCGGCAGCAAGCAACCGGCUGGAACCUUCACGGUAAACUACAAGACUCCAAAAAGCAAAUUAAAAUGUCCAUCUCGGAGUUCAGACGAAAGAAGCUGCUCUAUGUCUUCAAUGUCUUCUUUGACGUAAAUCAAAGCGGCACGAUCGAGAGAAAAGAUUUCGAGCUCGCAAUAGAGAAAAUCUGCAGUCUGCGCGGCUGGAAGGCAGGUGACCCUAAGCACAGUGAGACGCAUGAAGUCAUGAUUAAUAUAUGGGAUGGUCUGCGGAAACGAGCUGAUUCUAACAAGGAUGGACAGGUUUCCGUGGACGAGUGGGUAUCAAUGUGGAAUGAUUAUGCUCAGAACCCGUCGGCAGCACUGAAAUGGCAGCAGCAGUACUGCCAUUUCAUGUUCCAGCUCGAAGACGCGAGUGCUGACGGCACCAUUGAUUGCGACGAGUUCACCACCGUCUGCUCCUCUUAUGGUAUCAAUCCACAAGAGUGCAAGGCUGCUUUCAGCAAGAUGGCUAAGGGACAAGCUAACGUCUCUUGGGAGGAGUUCCAAGAACUUUGGAUGGAAUAUUUCUCCACUGAAGAUCCGAAUGCUCCCGGCAACUUCAUAUUUGGUAGAACCAGCUUCUAAGUUAUAUUUGAAACAUAAUCAACUGGGGUGAACUUUUAACUUACUUAAUCACCCUUAUAGUGAGUCAGUGUUGAUUUGCGUGUGUUCAACAUAUUAUAGAGUAAUUUUCUCUUUACUAGAUAAAUAUGUAAGCUCGUUUUCAUCUUUCUCUUGACGCUCAAAUUAAUUAGAAUUUGAAUUUUAGAUUGUAUAUUACAACGAACUUGAACUCUUUGAAUAUUAAUGAAUCUGAUAUUUGAAAUUGUAGUUAAACGUUUGAUAUCGUUUCUUCGUUAAAUUUGCUUUGAUAUUCUAUUUAUAUGUUAAAGAAUUAAACUGUGUUUUAUUAGUCUGUUAAUAUCUAGUCUAUUGUCUAUGUAUCGAUGUAUUAAUUUAAUAGUUUUGUUGUCAAU